CUCUUUUUCUUCUUCAUUCUCCUCUUCUCUCUAAAAUUAAUUCUCUCUUCAUUUUAUUUAAUCUUUUUAUUGUCCUUUUUCUUCCUCACAAGACUCUUGAUCAUAGUGGCCAAUAAACAAUUCUCUCUCUAUAUACCAUCCCUUUUAUUUUGUGCUCUUUUAUCAAUUUCUCUUCCCUCAUCAUUUUCACACUCUCUUUCAAUACACAAAGGAGAGACCUUAUAACUACACUCAAAACAAAUAGUACUCUUACUCUUCUUGGUCUUAUUCAUUCAUCCUUCCCUCCCUUUUCACGUCCCAUCACCAAAAAUCCUCCUCUCUUCCCUACCCUAAAAACCCACAAAAAAAAUUUUUAAAUAAAAAAAACCCAACAAUUAAAUAUAAAAAUUAUCACUAAAAAUUAACAAAAAACACAUAUAUGGAUAGUGGAGGAGUAGGAGGAGCGGAAUCCGGAGGUGGAGAAGGAUAUUCUAGUGGUUGUGCAAGAGCCGGAGAUCAAGCUCCUGACUCAUCUCAAAUAGUAGGAGUUGCCGCAGCUGCAACAGCUGCGGCAGCUCCACCAAGUCGAUACGAGUCACAAAAAAGACGAGACUGGAAUACUUUCCUACAGUACCUAAGAAAUCACAAACCCCCACUUUCUCUUUCAAGGUGUAGUGGAGCUCAUGUAUUAGAAUUCCUCAAAUACUUGGACCAAUUUGGAAAAACCAAGGUUCACAACACCGGGUGCCCGUAUUUUGGGCACCCUAACCCGCCCGCCCCAUGCGCUUGUCCUCUUAAACAAGCGUGGGGCAGCCUUGACGCUCUCAUCGGCCGUCUCCGAGCUGCGUAUGAGGAAAAUGGUGGACGGCCCGAAUCCAAUCCUUUUGGUGCGCGGGCUGUGCGGAUUUACCUUCGGGAAGUCAGGGAAAGCCAAGCAAAAGCUCGAGGUAUUCCGUAUGAAAAGAAGAAGAGGAAACGCCCUUCUUCUGCUUCCGCUUCUGCUGCCACCACCGCCACCGUCUCCGGGAUUGAUCCCGGCGGUGUUGGAGGCCAUGUAAGUAGUGGGCCCGGCGAAAGUGGCAGCGGAAGUGGAGAUAUAGACGGUGGUGCUAGUACUGCUGUUGUAGGUCCUCCUACAACUACUACCUAAUUUUUAUUUUUAUUUUAUAAUUAUUCAUAAUUUGACUUAUUAUUAUGAUGGAUCAAUUAUUAUCAUUAAAAUUGUGAUUAUAUUAUGAGGAAGCAAUCGUAUUAUUAUUUUCCUAAUCCAAUCUUAGUAUAUUAAUAUA